ACGAGAGAAAGCAGCCAUUUUGUAUUAUUACAAGAGAGAAAGCUUGUGAGCUCUCUUAUUAUUGAAGUAGGCAAUUAAUACGGGAUAACUGAAAAAAUAACAUUUAAGCGGCGUGGCGAAAAAGGAAAGCCAUUUUUAUUGUUUUAAUGCAUAUGUGUUUAAUUUUACUGUAGAUGUUUAGAUGAAGUUUAAGCGGUAGCAGCCUACGAAAGUGAAGUUGUUGGCGAAGAUCUUCGUUCAUAUGAUUUACUGAAAGAUUCUUAGUUGAAAGCGUCGAAUUUCAGGAAAGCUACCUUUUUGGUAGCUGGUCAAGGAAUGGGAAGAGACCAAAUGUAAAAAUAUAUAUAUUUAUCCAAAAGCUUUAACAGAACUAGACACGCGGCCUGCAGGUGUGCUUUGUAUAGGCCUCCGUAAAUUCCGCGUUUUGGUAGCGAUUUGCCCGAACCUGGGAUAACAGGAUGCAGCGGUGGGAAGGAUUCAAACAUGAAGUAAAGCAAGAAGACUCGUUUGGUUAUGGUGGUCCUGGGGGCAGACAGCAGCAGAGUCGAAAGAGAACUUAUGAUGAGAGGGGGCAUGGCUAUUAUGAAUACAGAGAGGAUAAACGAGGUCCUGCUACAAAACAUCCAGAUGAAGAUGAUGAGGAAUAUUUUGAUGAGAAUUUGGUGGUUCUCGAUACAUAUGACUGCGAUUUGAACUUCAAAAUUAACCCUGAUAGGUUAACUGCAUAUCCCCUUACAAUUGAGGGAUUUUGUUUCUUGUGGGCUGGUGGACGUGCUACACAUGGAGUUUACAAGGGCAAAGUCUGGUACGAGAUGAAAAUGCUGAUGAUGGUGGGUUUGCCAGGUGCAGGAAAAACUACCUGGGCUGACAAGCAUUGUGCUGCCAAUCCCGAGAAGAAAUACAAUAUGUUGGGAACAAAUUUCAUUAUGGACAAAAUGAAGGUCAUGGGUCUAAGACGUCAGCGCAACUAUGCUGGUCGUUGGGAUGUCCUCAUCCAGCAAGCCACAAAGUGCUUGAAUCGUCUAAUUCAGAUUUCUUCCCACAAGAAACGCAACUACAUCCUGGAUCAGACAAACGUAUAUCCAAAUGCACAGAAAAGAAAAAUGCGCCCCUUUGAAGGUUUUCAACGCAAAGCUGUAGUAAUUUGCCCCACCGACGAGGACUUAAUUGAACGCACAAUAAAGCGGACUGAUGAAGAAGGAAAGGAUGUGCCAGAUUCUGCAGUACUUGAAAUGAAAGCAAAUUUCAAACUUCCAGAGGCUGGUGAGUUUUUGGAUGAGGUAAUCUACAUAGAGCUUCAAAAGGAAGAAGCAGAAAGACUGGUUAAACAGUAUAAUGAGGAAGGUAAAAGGGCAGGACCGCCCCAAGAUAAAAAACGCCCCAUAGACAUUCUAAAAGAAGGAUUGCCUAAAUUUCAGGGACGAGGUGGAUUCCAAAACAGAGGCGGAGGAAGAGGUGGAGGUGGCAGUGAUGCAGGUGGUUUCAGAGGAGGAAGAGGUGGCAGCGACUCUUUCCGUGGAGGAGGCAGGGGUGGAGGUGAUCCCUUCCGUGGAGGAGACAGAGGUGGCACCGAUACUUUCCGCGGAGGAGACAGAGGUGGCAGUGAUCCCUUCCGUGGAGGAGACAGAGGUGGCAGCGAUAAUUUCCGUGGAGGAGGCAGUGAUGCCUACAGAGGUGGAGACCAUGCCAGUGUUGAUUCCUACCGAGGAGGAGGCGGUGGUGAUUCCUACCGAGGAGGAGGCGGUGGUGAUUCCUACCGAGGAGGAGGCGGUGGUGAUUCCUACCGAGGAGGAGGCGGUGGUGAUUCCUACCGAGGAGCAGGCGGUGGUGAUUCCUACCGAGGAGCAGGCGGUGGUGAUUCCUACCGAGGAGCAGGCGGUGGUGAUUCCUACCGAGCAGCAGGCGGUGGUGAUUCCUACCGAGCAGCAGGCGGUGGUGAUUCCUACCGAGCAGCAGGCGGUGGUGAUUCCUACCGAGCAGCAGGUGGUGGUGAUUCCUACCGAGGAGCAGGCGGUGGUGAUUCCUACCGAGGAGCAGGCGGUGGUGGCAAUGAUUCCUACCGAGGAGCAGGCAGUGGUGGCAAUGAUUCCUACCGAGGAGCAGGCAGUGGUGGCAAUGAUUCCUACCAAGGAGCAGGCAGUGGUGGCAAUGAUUCCUACCGAGGUGGAAGUGGAGAUUCUUACAGAGGCGGCAGUGAUCCCUACCGUGGAGGAGCUGGUGGUGACCGGGGAGGUAACGAAACUUAUCGAGGAGGAGGCGGUGAUGCCUACCAAGGAGGUGAAAGAGGCAGCAGCUAUGGAAGUGAUAGCUUCAGAGGAGGUUUUAACCGAAAUGACUAUAAUGAAGACCGUUGGGGAAGUAGUAACAAAGAUUUUAAUUCAAACGACCGUGACUUCCAAAGGAAUCAACAGCAAGGCUACAGCCAGAAUAGGAGCCCUGGUGGUGGAUACCAGAGUGGUGGCAGUGGAGGUGGCAGUUAUGGAAGUAACACUGGUGGUGGUAGUUCUGGCUCCUCAUUUGGUCAAGCCAGUUAUGGACAACAACCUAACCAGUACUACCAGAACCAGAGUUCAAGUCAGUAUAAUCAAAGCUAUGGAAACUAUUCAAGAAGUGGCACUCGAUAGAGUGAUUUGAAAGAGAAGUGGUCUUGUAAAUCAUAAAAGCUCUUGCUGUUGAACAUCUUUUAGACUUUUAAUGGGUAUUAAGAAGUAAUUAUGGUCUUCUUGGUAACUGGUUGGGGUGGGAGGAUAAUAUGCUUUCAGAAUUGUAUAAAUGUAUUCUUUGUUUAGAAUUAGAUGCAAGUCAUCAGUUAUGUAUUGGGCACUGUUUCCUUGGAGCAUUUUCUUUGCAUUUAAACGCAGAGCAGCUGAGGUUGAUGUGUCUUGUGUAACUAUUAGAAAGCCUGACUACCCUUGUAUAAAAUUGUAGAGUAAAUUUGUAACUGGCUUACUUUUGUCUGUAGCCAUCUUUGACCUAUAGAUUGCCUUUUUCACAUUUGUUUUGCUAGUAAAUUAAGCUUUCAGCCUGAGUAAAUUUAAUAUAGCUUUCUGUACAAGCAUCUUUCUUUGUAAUGUUAAAAAUGGAUGUUUUACAGUAAGGGGUUUGUUAUUUUCAUAACUUUUUUAUUGUGGGUAAGCUGUUAAUAUUAUGUCAAUACUUCCUGAACUUUUAGUUGGAUGAAAAUCAUCUUGAAACACGUGUACUUUUUUUUUAUAAAUUUGUUUAAUUUGGCACGUGCUUUGUGUUUUUGUUGAACUGAUAACAGCUUUUGUAUUCAGAGAGAGUGGAUAAUAAACUCCGCUGCUUUCAUCUC